GGCUGUCAAAUGAAAAUUUCUCUAUAUAAAGACAGCUCUAUAGCUUUGUAACCUCACACAAAAUCUAAAGAUACAUUUUUUUAAUUAGAGAGGUGAUUCAAGAAAAUUUAUGUAAGGAAAAUGGAUGAAAAAAGAAAAAGACCUGAGCCUGAUUUGAAUUUGUCCCUUAAAAGUUCAGUUGAUCAAGAGGAACCAAAUAAUAAGGUUCUAACCCUUGAUGAAGCAAUUGAUUUUGAACUGAAGCAGGGUAAUGUUGACCCCAGUGUGGAUUUGAAGAAGCUUAGAAGAACUAUAUCAAAUCGAUUGUCUGCACAAAGAGCCAGGAAUAAGAGGACUGAAUACAUAGCUGAAUUGGAAAAGAUGGUGAAAGAUCUCGAGGAUAAGUUAGCAAUCAUGCCACCAAAAAUUGAAAAUGAGAGAGACAAAAAUAACAUGUUGAUGUUGGAGGGAAAAAUGUUGCGAGAACAGUUGGAGAUAGCCAAUGAAAGAUCCAAAUUACGCACUGCGUAUACGGAAGCGAUGAAACUUGAAUUGAGCAGGCUCAAGGAACUUCAUGAAAAGGCUCGGAAAGAAAAGCAUAGUGCUAUUCAUUUGUUGGAUAUUGAGGGACAAGUUUCCAAUUCUUAUGAGUCAGAAUCAGGUGGAGUGAUAGACCUGGAGCAAGGCAUAGACCAGUAUCUCAACUUGGAUGCCAUGAACUUUUACCCGCCCAAUUACGAUUGAGAUGUGAACCAUUUAUGAACAAAUAAUAUUAUGUGCUUUCUGGGAGUGUUCCUUUUCUUUUUCUUUUAUGUGAUGGGUUGUUGUUGUUUGUUUGUUUGGGUGGGGGCGUGUUGAAGUUAUGUAUUUUCGUCGUGCAAUUUAGAAGGGUCAAAUUUUCA